AUGUUGGCAAUCUUCAAGAACGGUUUGGUGGAACCACCAAAAGAAUUGAAUAGCCCGGCCUCAGAAUCACAGGCUGCUUCUUUGAUGCUGGCUAAGGUUCCUGAGGAGACAUUGAAGGAUUUCAUGGCUUCCCACUCCAACAAUGGCUUCUCCCUCGGCUUUGCAGAUCAUGCAUUGCUGGCCUAUGCCCCUCCUCAGCGAUCAAUCAGUAGUGCUGAUCAGAGGAUGUUUUGUGGUAUCGACGACAUAUAUUGCGUCUUCCUGGGGAGUUUAACUAACCUAUGGAAUCUCAACAAGCAGUAUGGGCUAUCAAAGAAUUCCAACGAGGCAAUGUUUGUGAUUGAAGCAUACCGCACCCUCCGUGACAGGGGACCCUACCCUGCUCAUCAGGUGCUCAAGGAUCUGGAGGGCUGUUUCGGAUUUGUGAUCUAUGAUAACAAGGCUGGAACUGUGUUUGUUGCACUUGGUGCUGAUGAAGCAAUAAAGUUCUACUGGGGAAUUUCUGCUAAUGGUACUGUCAUGAUUUCUGAUAAUGUGAAUCUGGUUAAAGCCAGCUGUGCCAAGUCUUUUGCUCCAUUCCCUGCUGGGUGUAUGUAUCAUAGUGAAAGGGGAUUGAUGAGCUUUGAGCAUCCCAUGAACAAGAUGAAAGCCAUGCCAAGAGUAGAUAGUGAGGGGAUAAUGUGCGGGGCGACCUUCAAGGUUGAUGUCUUAAACAAGAUGCAUAGCAUGCCAAGGAUCAACCAAAGCAAAGAGGUAGUUGUGAAAGAGAGUGAAGAAAUUACAACAGUACCUGUUUCGUGUUACUGUGGCAAAGCUUCCAAACUGAGGACUUCUUGGACUGAUGCUAACCCUGGCAGAAGGUUUUUAUGCUGCAAAAAAUACGGAAGAAGCAGCGGGUGUGGAUUCUUCCAAUGGUAUGAUAAACCGAUGUGUGAGCAAUCAACAUGGGUAAUUCCAAGCUUGCUGCGCAAUGUAAGAACGCAGGAAGCUGAACUAACGAGACACAGGCAACGAGAGAAGUUGCUAUGGUUUGCUCUGGUUGGCUCUUGGAUAUCUGUACUAUUGAUCUUCAUCUUUUUAAGUGAGGGAGGAAGAAGGGAGCAUCAGCAAAGCAACGAAUUGUGA